AUGAAGCUCCUCCUCCCGCUCCUCCUCGCCGCCCUCGCAACCGCCCACCCAGGCGAAGACCACACCCACGAAGCGGCCGAGCGGGCGGCGCAGCUCGCCGUGGUCGGCCGCCGCUCCUUGGCACACUGUGCGGCUCAGCUCCAGUCCCGUGGGGUAGCCGCCGCGAACGCCGCGCGCCGGGCCGCCCUCGCCCGCCGACACGCACGGCGCCGCGACCUCGCGUCCGUGCUUGCGACAUCGCACAAGUCGAACCUUACCGGCGUCACAGCCAACACCAACGCCAGUACGCUCUUCGAGGGCAAGAACACUUGUAUCCUCGCGCCCGAGGUGACCGAGGGGCCGUACUACGUCACCGGCGAACUGGUCCGCUCCGACAUCACCGAGUCGCAGCCCGGCGUGCCGCUGCACCUCGACAUCCAAGUGAUCGACACGAACACGUGCGCGCCGCUGUCCGGCGUCGCUCUGGACUUCUGGCACUGUAACGCGACCGGCGUUUACUCUGGCGUCGUGGCGAAUGGUAACGGCAACAGCGCCGACAUCGCCAACCUCAACGCGACGUUCCUGCGCGGGAUCCAGGCGACGGACGCCGACGGCGUCGCGGCGUUCAGCACCAUCGUGCCGGGCCACUAUACCGGCCGGACGACGCACAUCCACGUGCUCGCGCACGCGCCAGGCCAGUGGAGCCUGCAGGCGAACAACACGAUCAGCGGCGGCGCCAGCGCCGCACACGUCGGCCAGAUCUUCUUCGACCAGGACCUCUUGACAGACGUGUACAAGCUCUCGCCGUACAGCGCCUCCACGCAGACCCUCACGACCAACGCGGACGACAGCAUCAUGGCGCAGGAGGCCGCCGGGGUCGACCCCGUCAUCGAGUACGUCCUGCUCGGCGAGUCGCUGUCCGACGGGCUGUUCGGCUGGAUCGCUGUGGGCAUCAACGGGACGGCGAGUAAGAGCGUCCAGGCGGCCGCUACGCAUGGAGCUGGUGGCGGCGUCGCGAACUCUGGCGGCGGGCGCGGCGGUGGUGGUGGUGGUGGGCCGGGGGGUGCGCCGCCCGGUGCCUCGGGCGCGAGCAACACCGGCGCUGCGGCUGGCAGCGGCACGGCGAGCGGGGCUGGUGCGAGCGCCGCCGCCGCCACGACUGGCUCGACUUCCGGCGCGACGACAGGUCCCACUGCUGGUAGGUGCCGCCCCGAGACUCCUGCCUGA